ACUUGUUUUCUGCUCAUUCCAAAUCAAUUACAAUGAGGUCUGAUGAAAUUAAGCGGCUAUUGCAGUUUUGUUGUCUAUCUGUUUUUUCAUUUUUAUGUCUUAGAUCUACUGUUUUGGCUGAGGAAGUAUACACAUCAGCCAUUGGUGAUCCUGGGAUGAGAAGAGAUAGUCUUAGAGUGGCAAUAGAGGCAUGGAAUCAGUGCAAUGAAGUAGGCGAAGAAGCUCCAAAUAUGGGUAGUCCGAGGGCGGCAGAUUGCUUUGAUGUUGAUAACUCCACUUCACCUCUCAAGUUAAUUCACAAGGUCAAUGAGAAAGACAAUAAACUUGGCAUAUUGAAUUCCCCGUUCAAGGAGUUAGACGUCAUCAAAACUGAUAGAUAUGCAGCAUGGAAAGGGAUUUACUUGGGUAAUAAAUGCCAAGUAUAUGACUAUCCAAGGCCAUGGCAGUUUUGGAUGAUAAUGCUUAAAAGUGGCAACAUGGACACAUUAGCUGCUAAAUGCCCUGAAAAUGGUAAGAAAUCAAAACCCUUUCCGCCAACUCCCAGAUUUCCAUGCUUUGGAGAAGGGUGCAUGAACAUGCCACUGAUAUACCAUAACUACACGAAACUACAAGGGGGAGACAAAGAAAAUAGCAUUCUGAGGGGAAGUUUCUAUGGGACAUGGGAUUUGAACACUAAUGUUACAAAAGCAUCCACUGAAAAUGACACUUCCUACUAUUCACUCACUUGGGAGAAAGAGGUCGGAAAGGGGAGCUGGGUUUUCCACCAUUUCUUGAAGACAUCAUCAAAGUACCCUUGGUUGAUGUUAUACUUACGGUCAGAUGCUACAUCAGGGCUAUCGGGCGGAUAUCAUUAUCAGACAAGGGGGAUGUCGAAAAUAGUUCCAAAGUCACCAAAUUUCAAAGUGAGAUUCAAUUUAGACGUAAAACAAGGAAAGAGUUCGAGAAGCCAGUUUUAUCUCAUGGACAUCGGAAGUUGUUGGAAGAACAAUGGCCAACCUUGCAAUGGGGAUGUCACAACGGAUGUCACCAGAUACAGUGAAAUGAUUAUAAACCCAGACGUACAGUCACACUGCAACUCGAGCCACCUUAGUGACUGCCCUCCUUAUCACACCUUUCGAAAUGGAACACGUAUCCAUAGGACAGACAAAGAUAACUAUCCCUAUGAGGCUUAUCACAUGCAUUGCUCCCCGGGCAAUGCUAAGUAUACUGAGGAACCAAAAAACUUCUGUGAUCCUUAUAGUAAUCCCCAAGCACAGGAAAUAUUGCAAAUUGUCCCUCACCCAGUUUGGGGAGAAUAUGGUUACCCAACAAAAAAAGGAGAUGGUUGGAUUGGCGAUCCAAGAACUUGGGAACUUGAUGUUGGAAAACUUUCUCAGGCGCUCUAUUUCUAUCAGGAUCCAGGCACCAAACCGGUGGAUAGACAUUGGCCGUCGAUUGACUUAGGAGCUGAAGUGUACAUCGAUGGCAACGAAAUCCUAGAGUGGACUGUUAGUGAUUUCGACAUCAUUAUUACAAGAGAUGAUGCUUAGCAAUCUUACUUGCAAAUUUACCAUCACAAGGUUAUACCAGUUUCAUAAACAUUUGAGGUGCAAGCUUUCCCUUGUACCAAGAAAAUAUUGGAGACUGAGGCCUUAGUCAAAGUGGUGGGAAUCCAAAAUAUGUGGACAAAUGCAGAGUUGAAAAGUACAUGGCUGGAUGGAUAGGAUUUUAAAAGAUCUAGUUCAGAUUUACUUUUAAAAAAUUCUUUCCUUUUGUGUAUUUUGUGGUCAAUUCUGUGCUAUGUUUUUGCGUCCUUAGUGAAAAUAAAUAUAAGUUUUGUCUUUUAUGAAUAU